UGUCCGUCAACUCCACUCUGGCCCCGCCCCGCCCUCCUCGCGGCGUUCCCUCUCGCAGGCCCCGGCGCGGCCCGUUGUUAUGACGACACGGUCGUAAAUCCGCCAUCUUCCUGCGGCGCGUUGCGACAUGGAGGGCGCGAUGGCAGUUCGGGUGACGGCCGCUCAUACGGCAGAAGCCCCGACCGAAGCCGGGCGGGAAGCGAGCGAGGGCGGGAUCGCGGCAGCGGCGGCCUUGGCCCCCGGCGGCUUCCUGGGCCUCCCGGCGCCCUUCAGCGAGGAAGAUGAGGAUGAUGUGCACAGAUGUGGCCGCUGCCAGGUGGAGUUCACUGCCUUGGAGGACUUUGUUCAGCACAAGCUUCAGAAGACCUGCCAGCGGGCCCUUCAGGAUGCCCUUCCUGCUACUACCUCGCUGCUGGGCCAGGAGGUGGUGCCGGCAGCAGCGGGCCCGGAGCCGCCCAUCACCGUGGCCCACAUUGUGGUGGAGGCAGCCUCCCUGGCAGCAGACAUCAGCCAUACGCCGGACCUUGUCGGUGGUGGGCACAUCAAAGAGGUCAUUGUGGCUGCUGAGGCGGCACCAGGUGGCAGUGAGAUGGCAGAGGCUCCCAGCAGCCCCAGCCGGCAGGCACUCAGGCUGGCUGGGGAGGGUGAGCAGGCCCAGGUCAAGCUGCUGGUGAACAAGGACGGCCGCUACGUGUGCACGCUGUGCCACAAGACCUUCAAGACGGGCAGCAUCCUCAAGGCCCACAUGGUCACCCACAGCAGCCGCAAGGACCACGAGUGCAAGCUCUGCGGGGCCUCCUUCCGGACCAAGGGCUCGCUUAUCCGGCACCACCGGCGGCACACAGACGAGCGCCCCUACAAAUGCUCCAAGUGUGGGAAGAGCUUCCGGGAGUCAGGCGCGCUGACCCGGCACCUCAAGUCUCUCACCCCGUGCACAGAAAAACUCCGCUUCAGCAUGAGCAAGGAUUUGGUUGUCAGCAAAGAGGACGUGCCUGCAGGUCAGCAUGGGUCUGGAGCUGCCACCUUGGGGACGGUUACAUCAUCGCCUGUAACAGGCGACCCCAUGGAGACUUCGCCUGUGAUUCAUCUGGUGACAGAUGCCAAAGGCACUGUCAUCCACGAAGUCCAUGUCCAGAUGCAGGAGCUGCCCCUGGGCAUGAAAGCCCUGGCCCCAGAGCCCCCCGUCCCUGAGGACCUUCCUUGUCCUGGUGAGGGCAGCCGUGAGAACCUGCUGCACCAGGCCAUGCAGAACUCCGGCAUCGUCCUGGAGCGUGUCACUGGGGAGGAGGGUGCCCUGGAGCCAGCCUCUCGUACCAGGUGCAGUCUCCAGCCCCUGGGAGGUACAGCCCCGGAACUGCCACUGCUGGAGGUGCAGCCGAUGGAGACAGUGGUCAGUGAGGCCUCUGCUGUGCCCAGAACCCACCUGUGCCCUCAGUGCAGUGAGACCUUCCCGACAGCAGCCACUCUGGAGGCCCACAAGAGGGGCCAUGCAGGGCCAAGGCCGUUCACCUGCAUGCAGUGUGGCAAGGCCUUCCCCAAGGCCUACCUGCUCAAGAAGCACCAGGAGGUACACGUGCACGAGCGCCGCUUCCGCUGUGGGGACUGUGGGAAGCUCUACAAGACCAUUGCCCAUGUGCGUGGCCACCGGCGUGUCCAUUCAGACGAGCGGCCCUACCCUUGUCCCGAGUGUGGCAAGCGCUAUAAGACCAAGAAUGCCCAGCAGGUGCACUUCCGGACACACCUGGAAGAGAAGCCACAUGUGUGCCAGUUCUGCAGCCGAGGCUUCCGGGAGAAGGGCUCGCUGGUGCGGCACGUGAGACACCACACGGGCGAGAAGCCUUUCAAGUGCUACAAGUGCGGCCGUGGCUUCGCUGAGCACGGCACCCUCAACCGCCACCUGCGCACCAAAGGGGGCUGCCUGCUGGAGGUGGAGGAGCUGCUGGUAUCUGAGGAGAGCCCUGCGGCGGCUGCCACCGUCCUAACAGAGGACCCACAUACCGUGCUGGUGGAGUUCUCAUCCGUGGUGGCCGACACCCAGGAGUACAUCAUUGAGGCCACUGCAGAUGACGCAGAGACCAGUGAAGCCACAGAGAUCAUCGAGGGCACCCAGACGGAGGUGGACAGCCACAUCAUGAAGGUGGUGCAGCAGAUCGUGCACCAGGCCAGCGCUGGGCACCAGAUCAUCGUGCAGAAUGUGACCAUGGAUGAGGACGCAGGGCUGGGCCCGGAGGCGGCCACCGCCGACACCAUCACUAUUGCCACCCCUGAGAGCCUGACAGAGCAGGUGGCCAUGACACUGGCAUCAGCCAUCAGCGAGGGCACUGUGCUCACAGCCCGCACAGGGGCAAAUGGCACCGAACAGGCCACCGUGACCAUGGUGUCAUCGGAGGACAUCGAGAUCCUGGAACACGCGGGUGAGCUGGUCAUUUCCUCGCCAGAGGGCCAGCUGGAGGUGCAGACGGUCAUCGUGUAGUGCAGGGCCCAUGAGUCCCAGCUUGGCUGGGAUGGGGCUGAGGACUCUGAGCCUGCCUUGGAGAGAGAUGAAUGCAGCCAUCCUGGGAUGGAGGGUAUAAAUAAUAAAUAUAGAGCGUUUGUUGCUUUACAAUAAAACAUGAAAACCUGCA